UCUGACAUGGAGCAAUUUUUUGCGGGGCCAGUGGAUCGAAGGAUAUCCCGAGUAAUGUCUGUGAUCGUUAUAAUACCCACCAUCAUAGUGUUAGUGGUCAUCAUCAAAGCAAUUGUCGAAAACCAAAUUGCUUGGAACCAGAAAACAGCGCCAUUCCGCGUCACACCAG